CCGCUUUGCUCCCGAAUUUUUGAUACCGUUUGUUCGGCGCAUUUCUCCCCUCCUCCCCCACUUUCUGCCUCGCCGGUUGUCAGCGCACUCUCUCCGACGCGGAAUUUUCCCCAUCGGCAUCCGGUCCUGCGCUGCGGCGUCUUUUCAUGGUCUCGAACCGCCUCCAUGGUCUCGCGAAAGCGCACCCGCUCCGAGGCGGACGCCGCUCCUCAGCAGGCCCCGGAGGAACCGAAUCUACUUGAUCGGCUUCGGAAUUGCUGGGAGUUCGCCAAUCUCAUGCAGUACAUCGCGAUUUUCGGAAAACUGAUGAAGAUUGAUGAGGAUUUCGGGAUCGACGACCUAGAGACCGAAUGUCUGAAACCAGAAUCGUCAGAAAAGCUGCUGGAAAUUGGGCUGUGUCUGCUCAAAUGGGUCUCGUCGCAUCGCGGCCUGACGUUCGAUAAUUUCGACGAAUAUACGCGACGACAGUACAAUGCCAAAGCCCCUCAUCUUCCCAACCCCUUCGGCCACGACGAGGUCCCGAACAAAUUCUCCGAAUUCGAUGUCUUUUUGAAACUUCGCGUGCUUCACCAACUGACCGUGUGGACCUUCUGGAACCCCGAUCGCCUUCGCGAUAAGAUGCCGGAGCAAAAAGAACUUGACCAGACACAAUGGCGAAUUGAAGAAGUAGGAUACGAUCGCGACGGGCGCUACUACUACAUCCUAGACGACAACAGACUCUACCGUCGCACCGACCCUCCCCUCCCUCCCCCCAAACCGGCCAAAACGAAGGCCAAGAGGAAGAGUGCCCGAGCCGUGAGGGCGUCGAAGCGAAGAAAGGUCUCGGGAGUAGCCUUUGGCAACGAUUCCUCGGACGAGGACAAUAACAACCCUCCGGAUGGCGACGUUGCUCGGGAUCCUUUUGAAAAUAUGCAGUGGGAGUGCAUCGCAAUCACCCUUUCAGACUACCAGCAAUUUUUGGCCUCUAUUCGGAAAACGAAAGAUGCCGAUGAGAAAAUUCUCCGAGACCGCAUCGAGGAGGAGGUCAUGCCGGUGAUCGAGAAGGAAGAAGAGUCACAACAGCGACAAAAAGCCAAGCGUGAAAAGGAACUUCUCAACUUGCAGCUGCUGGCCGGCGCGAAGCGCUCGAGCCGUAUUGCCGGGAAAGCCGAGAAAGAGCGACAUGAGCGUGAGGAGGAAGAAGCAGCACGCAAGAAGGAAGCAGAUGCCGUUGCCGCCCGCAAGGCUGAAGAGAAGAAAUCGAAGAUCGAAGAGGAGAGACGCUCGCGAAUGCAGACCCGCGAAGAGCGCAUCAAAGAGCGGGAAAAGAAGCGCCUGUUGCAUGAGACCGAAUUGCAAAGGAUCGAGGAGGAGCAACAGAAACUCGAACGCGGCGAGAGCAGGGCCUCCGAAAGGCAGUUGAGGGCGGAACUAGAAAGACAACGCAAGAAUUUGGAAGGACUCUCUCAGGAUGACGAGUGGAUCUUUGAUUGCGCCGGCUGCGGCGUGCAUGGAGAAAACUUGGACGAUGGCUCCCAUAGCGUCGCCUGCGAAAAGUGCAGUGUGUGGCAGCACAGCAAAUGCCUUGGUAUUAAGCAGGAUGAAGCAGAGCGCGACGAUUUCCAUUUUGUCUGUGUCGACUGCAAGCGGCGAGACGAGGAAGCGAAGAUGCCCAAGCUCCCUCCCUUGAAAUUCCGCGUUGGUUCUUCGCCAUCUGCGGCCGACACCGAGAAGAACCUUCCCAAGCCCAUUGCUCAUACUUUUGUACCAUAUCAACCCCAGGCUCAUCGAUCUCCCUCGAAGGUCUCAAAUGCGUCUCCCUCAAAACCAUCUGCAAUGCCGCCAUCUCUGCCGCCGCAACAUACGACGCAACCUGUCCCGUUCUCCCUAUCACCCGAACGCCGGCCUCAGUCUGCUCAUAUGCCUUCGUUCGGUUCCCCCCGGGCCCCAUUCUCGCCCACCAAGGGUGCCAAUGGCUACACGCCGUCUAGGGAUCAACUCCCCAAACUUCCGCCGAUUCAGCAGGCCGCUCAUCUUCCGCCCAGUCACCAUGGACCUUUCCCCCAACGACCCUCGUCAUCCCAUUCUGUUCACAGCCAGAGUAUGGCCUCGCCCAUCCAAAAUCGUCCGUCGAUGUCCCCGACCCAGGGUAAUCGUGACGUCGGUCCUCUUGCAGGGUUUCCGCCUCCGGCCGCCUCGUCCGAGAGUCCAGCUCCGUGGACCCCCUUCCGGCAACAUCAAGUUUCCCGGCCAGGCAGCGGCAACUAUGCCUCUUUCUCAUCGGUUCACAAUGGGCAUUCAUCCCUCCUGGCUACCCCUGGCAGUCAAUCCUCCCCUCCACAGAGCUCGCAAGGCGUGCCGUUCUCGGGAAUCAGCCCGACCAAGCAGUCUCCUCGACCCAUGACGUCGGGCAGUAUCGCCGGCGCACCGGUCCUGCCUCCUAUUCAAAAACUUGAACCGAGCCCAAAGCUCAUGGGUCGGAGUUCGCCAGAUGCGCCCAUCCCGCCGCCAGUCAAAUGCAUGACGCCGGAGCAGGAAGAGCGCCGACAACGGGAGAAUGCGAUGAUGUUCCAUAACCAGCCACCCUCUGGGUCCAACGGACAACAUUCGGCGAUGUCGUCUCCAUCCCUCAAUCGAAUCCCUCCUCUAGGACCGUCGGCCAUGGGACCUAGACGCGACUCUCAGCGUGAUGCGACCAACGGGCAGUCGUGAGACGCACGUUGUUUACGGAGUGAAUCACGACUAACCCGGGAUCGCUUGUACACUUUCUAAACAAUUAGACAUUAUUAUUAUCCGAGACCACCCAGGAGCCUUGAACAUAUUCUCGCGAGCAAUUACAACCAAAAAUGAUCAGGGCGACGUCCGGUUUGGGUUGUGGAGAUCCCCACGGCCGCUUUCUACGAAGGGUCUUUGUUCGCUACGACGAAUCCAGCGCGGCCGGAGUUAUCACCCCAGUAAAUGAAGGCCGCCGCCCUCAUCGCACCCACCCAUGAGUCUAACCCAACCUCAUGUCAUGAUCUUCCCGGAGUUCGGUGAUGGUGUAUUCCAUCUUUCUUAUUUUGUUUCUUUUUUUUUUUUUUUUUUUUUUU